UUCCGCGUACCACCGGAAACGGAAAUUCGUUGCUUGAGCGUAACAGUUGAAGUUUGUAAUCGCCACCCUUUUGAGUUUUUCUUUGUUAUUACGGGCUUUUGUGCGGACAGUGGUGUAUGUUUGUGUCACAAAACGGUCGGAUUAGUGUAAUUCUUGUAAAAUGACCAAAGAAAAGCGACACAAGAGGAGGGAAUCUCCUGAGCGGGAGUCCAAAGUUAAGAUUAAGCAGGAGAGAGUGAGCCCUGUUAGGCCACAGAGAUCACGCCGCUCGAGGUCGAGAUCCAGCGGCAACUCCAGUCCACCGAGGCGGAGAACAAGCAGGUCACCUGCCAGGACGAGGGACCGUUCACCAGGUAGAAGAGAGACAUCUCCCGCCAGACGGAGCAGCGGAUCUCCCAGAAAUAGGAGAAGCCGCAGUCCUCAUCGCGGUGCUGAUGUCAAAAUAAAGCGGGAACGGGAGGAGCAUCGGGCUAGUGGUGAUGAGCGGAGAAGAAGAAAUGACCAGCCAGAGGAGAGGCGGAGCAGGUGGGAGUCAGACAGACCUCAAGAAAGAGAGCACGGUGGAGAGAGACACCGGGAACGAGGCGCGUUUGCCUCCCAGCAAGCUGAGAGACGGCAGCACGAUGAGCGGCGCAGGGAAAACCAUCAGAGGCGCAGAGAAAACCAAGAGCAUGAUUUUGGAGAGCCUGAAGGAGGGAGUGAGGACGCAAACGAUCCUCCUGCCGAUAAAGAGAAGCCCAACUUCGAACUGUCAGGCGCACUCACAGAAGAUACAAACACAUUCCGCGGAGUGGUGAUCAAGUACAACGAGCCACCCGAGGCUCGCAUUCCCAAGCGAAGAUGGCGACUGUACCCUUUCAAGAACGAUGAACCUCUUCCGGUCAUGUACAUUCACAGACAGAGUGCUUAUUUGUUGGGGCGGCAGAGAAAAAUCGCAGAUAUCCCCAUUGACCACCCAUCCUGCUCUAAGCAGCAUGCAGUAUUCCAGUACAGAUUGAUGGAGUUUACACGUUCAGAUGGCACCCCUGGCCGCAGAGUAAGGCCUUACAUCAUUGACCUGGGUUCCGGCAACGGUACCUACCUGAACAACCAGCGUAUCGACCCCCAACGUUAUUAUGAGCUCAAAGAAAAAGACGUUCUUAAGUUUGGCUUCAGCAGCCGCGAGUACGUCCUCUUGCACGAGUUCUCAGACACGAGCGAGGUGGACGCCAAACUGGAAGAGGAAGACGAGGGACUCGACGAAUAAAUUGUUCCCAUAAACUGCAUUGCUAAAUUUGUUCAGGUUAGAUUACAUUAUCAUCAUCAAUGUUCAACGAAUAGCUGUUUCUGCAGGGAAUGGAACAAUUUAAUCAAACUGGUGAACAAAUAGUGGAGCAAGGCUGGUUUGUAUAUUUUGUAAUUACUUAACUAUUGCUUAAACCUGCCUCAACUGUCUCAAAGAAGACUUCCUAUUCUCAGGUUGUUUGUGUAAUGUCUUUGUGAUGCAUGACUGAUCUCACAUCUGACAGUGCUCACCAUAAAAAAAUAAAAAAAAACGUUCUUGGUGCCAGAUAAAGAUAUCUUGCUAAUACAAUAGCUAAUUAUAUAUUUUUGGAUCAUAGCACCGAGUGCAAAAUAUAGCUGAAGACUAAUCUGUGUCUGUCCAAGCUGUAUAUGUAAGUGUUCAUGAUAUACUGAAUGUGAACUCUAGUUUCAUGUGUAAUAAGCGUUGCUUAUUGUCAGAGUAAACAUACAACUUGUAAUGACAUUGCCUUUUUUUGCUUUGUAGGUCAAGGGAAAUAGUUGAUGCUUUGUGUGUUUUUCUUGCACCAUGCAUUGUGUAUUUAAAGAGAUCCCCCCCUUUAUUUUGUCUGUUUUGAGGCCCACAGCAUUCAUAGUAAAUUUCCAUUUUUGUACUGUAAAUAAAGACAGUGAACAUUU